AUGUCCAAUGAACUCACCCCCAGCUUUGCGCCAUUCUUCGGAAUGAGUGGUAUCGCCUUUGCCAUGAUCUUUGGAUGCAUGGGCGCCGCCUACGGUACCGCAAAGGCCGGUAUUGGCAUCGCGGGUAUCGGUACCUACAGGCCAGACUUGAUUAUGAAGUCCCUCAUCCCCAUUGUCAUGUCGGGUAUCCUCGCAGUCUACUCGCUCGUCAUCUCCGUCCUCAUCGCCAGUGACAUCCACCCACCGCCCCAGAAACACUACUCUCUAUACGCUGGCUUCAUGCACAUGGCUGCCGGUCUGUCUGUCGGUCUCUCUGGACUGGCAGCGGGUUAUGCUAUUGGAAUUGUCGGCGACGCAGGUGUGCGUUCUUUCAUGAGCCAGUCGCGCAUCUUUGUCGGCAUGGUCUUGAUUCUCAUUUUCGCCGAAGUGUUGGGUCUGUACGGGCUUAUCGUCGCAUUGAUUCUCAACACCAGGGCCUCUGGUUGA